CCGUUCCCGGCUUCGGCGGGGGGGGAGGCCCCGCGCCUCCCCGCAGGGCGGCCCAGGGCCGUGACUCAGCGCUUCGGCUCGUACCGCUGGGAAACAAACCGGGAAGCGCUGAGCGCCGCCCCCAAGAGUAGCUGCCGGGAGAAGGGACGCGGUCGGAGUUCAUGUAGGAGGCAGAGACCUGUUGGUUCCCGCAAAAUGGAUGAUGAUGUCAGCUUGAAGUUCCGUAAGCAGCUGCUGUUCAUUGACGAAAAUCUGAUGGCUGAAGAUGUAGCAGCUUUAAAAUUUCUCUGUAUUGACUUGCUCCCCUUCAGAAAACUAGAAAGUGUGAAAUCAGCACUGGACAUCUUUCACCUUCUCAUGGCUGAAGAAUAUCUGAAUGAGGAAGAUAAUUCCCUAUUAGUUGAACUCUUACACAGAAUUAAGUGUUACUCCUUGCUCAAGAAACUUGGUUAUACCAAGGAGAAAGUGCAAGAAUGUCUGCAUGAGAAGGGAAGAGUAUCUCCAUAUAGGCAGAUGCUGUAUGAAUUAUCAGAGAACAUUACGGAUGAGAUGUUGAAGGAUAUCGUAUUCCUCCUGCAAGACUGUCUUCCAAAGCGACGGAUACCUCUUUCUGCUCUGGAAUUGCUGAUUUUAUUGGAAAAACAGGGCCUUUUAACUGAAAACAAUGUACAGAUGCUGGAGGACAUUUGUCUGAAUGUUUCACCUGAUCUCCUGGAGACAGUAAACUGCUAUAAAAAGGCAAAAGUGUCUCUGCCUCAGCAGGAGAACACUGUGCCAGUCAAGGAAGCUUUGUUGCCCCACACUGGAGACAUCAGAGUAUUCACUUGCCCACAGGAGACCUCGAUCAAAUAUGUCAGUUCUAAUAUCAAUGAUAACAAAUCAGCUAAUCUUUCACAAGGCUUCUCUGAAAUGCAUCUGGAGCUGCCUGGAGAAUUCAGCAAUGUAGAAAAUGAAACCAAGAAGAUGGCAAUCUACAAAAUGGAUGGACCACACAGAGGCUUUUGUCUAGUUAUUAAUAAUGUUAACUUUGAUGGGUCUCUUCAGGAGAGGAAGGGUUCUUGCAAAGAUGCUGAAGAACUGAAGAUAGUGUUCACAUGGCUUGGUCUGGAUGUCAGAACUUACUCAAAUCUGACGUCUCUGGAGAUUAGAGAUCUUAUGCGAACUUGGCAGCAUUUGCAAGAUCACAAAGACAGGGACUGUUUUAUAUGUUGCAUUCUAUCUCAUGGAGAGUCAGGAGCAAUCUAUGGGAAAGAUGAGGAACUUGUAUCAAUCCGUACAAUCAUGUCCCACUUCACUGCCAAACAAUGUCCACAGCUGGCUGAAAAACCCAAACUCUUCUUUAUCCAAGCUUGUCAGGGUAAAGAGAUACAGCGUCCUGUCCAUGUUGAAGCUGAUGCACAAAUUCCCAAUUUGACAUCCAUGCAACAGAGCAUUUCUCCUUCUGAAAGUAUUCCUGAAGAGGCUGAUUUCCUCCUAGGCAUGGCAACAAUUGAUGGAUAUGUCUCUUUCCGGCACAUUCAACAGGGUGCUUGGUAUAUUCAGGCCCUGUGCAGUAAACUGGAGUUGUUGGUACCAAGGGGUGAAGAUAUUUUGUCGAUUCUUACAGAAGUUAAUGAAGAUGUGGGCAGACGUGUUGACCGCUUGGGGACAAAGAAGCAGAUGCCUCAACCAGCAUAUACCUUAAGAAGAAAAUUUAUAUUCCCAAUACCUAGAGACCCUCCUCCUUCACAGCAGCAUUGAGGCUUUAACAAUACAUCCUUAUAUCAGCACAUCUCAUUUAAAUGCAAUUCACCACACUACCUUUUCUAAGGCAGUUACCUAGAAUCUGGAGGAACUAUAUGCCUCAACCAUUUUUGUUUUGCCAAACAAACUGUGAAACUGGAGGACACACAAUUAAAACUAUCAAUGUGCCAGCUAUUUACAUUAUCUAUAUAUGAAUAGUUUUCAGGAUUAGGAGAAGCAUGCUUCUAUCAUGUUAAAUGUUUUUGUACCUGCAAAAAAUGCAGAUGUGUUUUGCUGACAACAUAAGAGUUUCAUGUAGACUUCCACAUCUAAACCAGCAUUGUUAAGAUCUGGUUUAGGCUCAUUGUGUUUUAUUUUGCAGGCUAACAAUUUUAAAUCCUGCCUUUAAAUCCACUAGCUAUGUUCAUAGUGAAAGAAAAAGGUGGGAACAAAGAGAAGGCUAAAGUAGUAAGUGAAAGAGGAUUUCUUCCAUCUCUGAUUGAAAUAACUUUUAACUUAAUGGAGAACCAGUUAACUGUUGAAAUCAAUAAUUUGUUGCACAAGUUGCACUUAUACUAAUAGCUAACAUAAAUCUCGUGUACAAUGAGAUAUUUCAAAACCUGAGGAAAGCCAAAAUUCUGAAUAGUGAAUUCCCUCUGUGAAACCUUGUGAACUGUCAUUUCUGAAUCACUUCUGGGAAGAAAAGUUAGGAUAGAAGAUUUACACACUAUGAAACAUGGCAUUCAGCAGUGUAUCUGUAUAGGUUUAUCAGAUUGAUUAACUUUGUUAAGCAUUAAAUUUUGUUAUUAUCGUUUCUUGUUUGAAGAUCUAAAAUGCAGCCAUAUGAGAAACAAAGCUCCCUGCUGCUUAAGCUUAUAACGUAGCAUUUUGUGAGUUAACUGAAGUAAUGGCAUGGGUUUUUUUUGUUAGGAGCACUUGCUCUGUAUGUCUGUGUCCUUCCUGUUUGUUAUUGCAUUAAAUUCAUACUUCUUUUUAA